GUCCCUCACCACCCCCCGGAAGUGGCGGGCUCCGCUUCCGGCCCCGAGUCGCCUCCCAAGAUGGCGCCGCUGGACCUGGACAAGUACGUGGAGAUCGCUCGGCUCUGCAAGUACCUGCCCGAGAACGACCUCAAGCGCCUCUGCGACUAUGUGUGCGACCUGCUGCUGGAAGAGUCCAACGUCCAGCCCGUCUCCACGCCCGUCACCGUCUGCGGGGACAUCCACGGGCAGUUCUACGACCUGUGCGAGCUGUUCAGGACGGGCGGUCAGGUCCCCGACACCAACUACAUCUUCAUGGGUGACUUUGUAGAUAGAGGUUAUUAUAGUCUUGAGACUUUCACUUACCUUCUUGCACUAAAAGCUAAGUGGCCUGAUCGUAUCACACUGUUACGAGGCAAUCAUGAAAGCAGGCAGAUAACACAAGUGUAUGGAUUUUAUGAUGAGUGCCAAACCAAAUACGGAAAUGCUAAUGCUUGGAGAUACUGCACCAAAGUCUUUGACAUGCUCACAAUAGCAGCUUUAAUAGAUGAGCAGAUUCUCUGUGUGCAUGGUGGCCUCUCUCCAGACAUCAAGACACUCGAUCAAAUUCGAACCAUCGAACGUAAUCAAGAAAUUCCUCACAAGGGCGCCUUCUGUGACCUUGUUUGGUCUGAUCCAGAAGACGUCGAUACGUGGGCGAUCAGUCCGCGAGGAGCAGGCUGGCUCUUCGGUGCAAAGGUGACAAACGAGUUUGUUCACAUCAACAACUUAAAACUCAUCUGCAGAGCGCACCAGCUAGUUCAUGAAGGCUAUAAAUUCAUGUUUGAUGAGAAAUUGGUAACGGUAUGGUCUGCUCCAAAUUACUGCUACCGCUGUGGAAAUAUUGCGUCAAUCAUGGUCUUUAAAGAUGUAAAUACACGAGAACCAAAGUUAUUCCGCGCAGUUCCAGAUUCAGAACGUGUAAUUCCUCCUAGAACAACCACACCGUAUUUCCUCUGAGACCUUUCCCCACCUGCUGUCUCCCUCUUCUCUUGUACUGUCCCUUUACAAUAUACUUUUUAUUGAGCACUUUGCUGCUGAAAUGCUGCCUCUUGCCUUUUUUUAUUUUUAAAUUAUCUAAAUUUAUUGUGUAUUAUGGUGUCUGUAGCAAGUGUUGGUUUUUUUUUUCCCUUUUCCCUCCCCUAGAUUAAUUUCAGAGUAUUUGUAAUAUGUCCUUGAAAUUUAUACUACUGCAUGUAGUUCUUGCGUAUUUCUGGGGUUAGAUGAAACGUUUUCCUUUUAACAAUCACGAUACCCGGGAAGCAGCUCGGUCCCAGUGUGGUAUUCAGCUUUUUGUUUGGUAAGUUUUAAGAAAUUUCAGCAGCAAAGUUAUUGCCUCUAGUGUGCACGGUGGGACUGUGACUGCCUUGUGUUGUGAACACGUAGAACCCCGUCGUCCUCCUCGUGGCUUGUUUUAAGUGGAUAAAAAUAAAGUGGUCAGAAGGGCUGUUCCCCCCCCCCCCCUUGUUUUGUUUUCUUAGGAUUCCAGUUAAAAGUACCCAGACCUGCUGCAGCGAUUGAGUUUGUACAUUAAAAUAACUGUUCUGAUUUUUUUCA